AUGCCCGAGGAAUUGAACGCGCCAUGGCUGACUGUUUCAUGCUUUGCUUUGCUAGGGAGAGCUGCGGACUCCGAAUCCGAUCCUGACGAAGAUGCUCCGGAAGCUGGCACCAAGGAGUUCUUCAGCUCUUGGGCGCUCUUUAUUCUGAUUAUGCUCUUGAUGUUUGCGCUAUUCACCAGUUACAUUCUCCAGCAGAAGAAGAUCCAAGCUGUCCAUGAAACUGUCCUUUCUAUUUUUGCUGGUAUGUUUGUCGGAUUGAUCAUUCGGUUGAGUCCCGAAUCGCCCAUUCAGGACAGCGUCACAUUCGACUACCAGUUCUUCUUCAACCUCCUUCUUCCUCCAAUCAUUCUGGCCUCGGGGUACGAGCUACACCAGGCAAACUUUUUUCGAAAUAUUGGCACUAUUCUUACCUUUGCGUUCGCGGGGACCUUCAUCUCGGCUAUCGUGCUGGGACUUGUUUUGUUUGUCUGGACGCGGAUUCCGCUGGACGGCUUGAACAUUUCUUUUGUUGAAGCUAUCUCUGUAGGUGCUACACUCUCUGCGACGGAUCCGGUUACUAUCCUCGCCAUCUUCAACCUGUAUAAAGUCGAGCCAAAGCUUUACACCGUUAUCUUCGGCGAGUCGAUUUUGAAUGAUGCAAUCGCGAUUGUCUUGUUUGAGACCGCACAGAAGUAUGCCGACAGCGAUGCAGGCUCUCUGACUGUUCUCAAUCUGUUUGAGGCCAUCGGUCUUUUCUUGCUUGUUUUCUUUGGCAGCAUGCUGGUAGGCAUGAUUGUGGGUAUCAUGACCGCACUGGGUCUCAAGCAUACACACGUCCGCCGCGUGCCCAAGAUUGAGAGUUGCCUGAUUGUUCUUAUCGCAUAUGCCAGUUACUUCUUCUCCAACGGCGUUCGUCUUUCUGGCAUUGUCUCCCUUCUAUUUUGUGGCAUUACAUUAAAACAUUAUGCGUACUAUAACAUGUCGCGCAGGACUCAAUUAACGACGAAAUAUCUGUUCCAGGUGAUGGCACAAUUGUCAGAGAACUUUAUCUUUAUCUAUUUGGGUCUUGAUUUGCUUGUUCAAAGGAAUCUGCAGUUCAAGCCUCUUUUCAUCAUGGUAGCUGUCUUUGGCAUCUGCCUUGCCCGAUACCUCGCCGUGUUCCCGCUAUCCAAGGCGAUCAAUUGGUUCAUUCGCUACAGGGCCCGUCGACGCGGGAUGGAAGUGGCAGAUGAGUUGCCCUUCGCUUAUCAAGCAAUGCUCUUUUGGGCCGGGCUUCGUGGGGCUGUUGGUGUGGCGUUGGCAGCGGGCUUAACUGGUGUCAAUGCGCCCGCACUGCGAGCUACGGUACUUGUCGUCGUCGUUCUGACUGUCAUUAUUUUUGGCGGCACCACAGCCCGGAUGCUAGAAAUCCUUGGUAUUAGGACUGGGGUGGUUGAGGAACUCGAAUCUGACGAUGAAUUUGACAUCGAAGUUACCAAUGGGGGGACGUAUUAUAAACGAUCUGAUACCGCACUGGGAUAUACCCCCCGCCGCAUGGACUCAACCAUCCCCUUGGACGGAGUGCAGCGGAGGGGCCUUGACCGAAACGAUAGCUAUUCAAGCGGCAAUAACCGUCGCCCCAGCCCGCCGCCAUCUAGUUCGGGCAAAGCGCGGAGCGCCAGCCAAGCUAUUCGAGAUCUCUUUUCGGGAGGGUCAUCUGGAGAUCAUGGCGCGUGGUUCCGGCAACUGGAUGAGGACUACAUCAAACCCCGGCUUUUGUUGGAUCAAUCGAAUCAUAAGGGGCCGGGUGCUGUGUAG